CAUAGUCUGAGUGAGCAGCCGUUGAGAACACAUUCAGCCUCGCUUUUAGAGUUUGGACCGUGAGCAACCGGCUAUUGCUGCUACUGUGAGGCUUUAGUUUGUUUCCCACCUGGUUUCAAAGCUCUUUUACUCGAAGUAAUGGACUAUUAAGAAGACUUUUUAAAAGAAGAAUCCCUCAACGAAACUGAAAAAGCGAGCAGCCUGCUUUCAAAUCAAGCACCACCUCCAGAGAAGCAGCCAUGGGCAAACAGAACAGCAAGCUCCGUCCCGACGUCAUGCAGGACCUUAUGGAGAACACGGACUUCACCGAACACGAGAUCACAGAGUGGUACAAAGGCUUCCUGCGGGACUGCCCCAGCGGCGCCCUCACCAUGGAAGAGUUCAAAAAGAUUUACGCCAACUUUUUCCCGUAUGGAGAUGCCUCAAAGUUCGCCGAGCAUGUCUUCCGCACCUUUGACGCCAAUGCCGACGGGACCAUAGACUUCAGGGAGUUCAUAAUCGCCCUCAGCGUCACCUCCAGAGGCCGGCUGGACCAGAAGCUGAAGUGGGCGUUUAGUAUGUACGACCUGGAUGGGAACGGAUACAUCAGCAAGGCGGAGAUGCUGGAGAUAGUAACGGCCAUCUACAAGAUGGUUUCCUCUGUAAUGAAAAUGCCAGAGGAUGAAUCCACACCUGAGAAACGCACAGAUAAAAUCUUCAGGCAGAUGGACACAAAUCGAGAUGGUAAACUGUCCCUGGAGGAGUUUGUGGAGGGAGCGAAGAACGACCCGUCCAUAGUGCGGCUGUUGCAGUGUGAUCCCAGCAGUGCUGGGCAGUAGGAAACUGGACUGAUACUUUAGCACAUUUUUAAAAUCUCUCCCAUUCGACCCACCUGAGACUCUUUUGAAAUGUAAUACUUUGACCUAUAGAGGCACAUGAACACUCACUAUACUGAAACAGGAUAUACUUACAUAUACAUGUAAUCUUUCAAACAACCCGAUGCACACACUGUUCACAGGCCUCUAUGUUUGGUCAAAGGUUCUGCACAAACACGAGUCUGAUCCACGGUACAGAUUUGACUUGAAGGACUGACAUACCAUCAAAGACUCACUGGGAAGAAAAAAGCUCUCCCUGUGCAGUGAGAGCAGCUGGGUAGGCGAUGAACGAGGUACGCUGAAACAAUCCUGGUUUGUUUUUAUCCUUUUUUUUAUUUUUAAAGAGAAGAAUGCUGGUUUUAUCCGUGCAGCCGACAUGACAAACAGAUCCUUACCAAGUAUUGCUUUAGCUCACUGUCAACACUGGCAUAAAAAAAAAGAAUGAAGCAUGUCAGUCUGGGACUACAGAGGAGUUAUUUAAACAGACAAUCUGGAGAUUGUUGUUUAAAUAAGGAGUUUAUUAUUUUUUUAUUGUACUGUAUUACUUUUGAAAGAAUGUUACGAAACAACCAAAACUGACUUGGAUAUUUCUGAAUGAAGUUGAAUUGUCGUGACCACAGAUUAUACGCAUGUGGAUUCUGGAAAGUGAACUCCCCUUACAUUUGGGAUGUGCAUAAAAUGAGCUGUGAUUGCAUGCAUGCAACCGCAGUUCAAAUGGAAUGACAAAGCAGAUAUGAAUAUAAAUAGUAUGUUUUUAUUUUAUUCUGAAAUUACUGCAGCGUUUUGUUGCAGCGUAAAGAUUUAACUUUAAAGUUUUCAAAAUACUGAAAUGUGACGACAGAUGUUUGGAUUUCUUUUACUGACAAUUGUGAGAAAACCUGUACAAUCACUCGUAUGUAUACUAGACAUAUUUUAAGCAAAAGGAGAGGAUUGCACAUGUUUUGUUUUUUUCAAUGCAUUUGACUUUUCCUACUAUUAGUUUAAAGUAACCUAAUUUUCCCCAUUCAGAAACAAGAUGUCAGCAGAUUUAAGUCUAAAGCCGUCCGCACUCUUUUCAUUAAAGGAGGGUCUGCCAGGAUAUUUUCUGUUCAAGAAAAAAACAAAUGUUCUGUUUAAGUGACAAUGUUCUGGUUUGUAUUUUUCCUCUGAGUAACACUGUAAGAACAGCAGUUUGUUUUUUCGCUUCUAAACACAGACUGGAAGUCGUUUGCAGGAGCAGAUCUCUCUACUUCUAUCAGGAUUCAUUAUACUCCACUCUGCCCUGCUGAGCAGAGAUACAGUUGUAUUCACAGGUGUAUAAAUGUAAUAGUUGGGCUAAACUAUUUAAAGAAAAGAAAAAAAAAAGAACUGUGAUUCAAACUUCUGCUCCUUUCUGUUAGACAAUCAGGUACUUCCACUCCUUUAUUUAAUUUCAAUUGCAACCUGUGGUCAAGUGCCAAAUAUAGAAUUAAAUGAAAGGAAUAAAAGCACAGUAUUGUAUCCAUUUAUCCUGUACAGUUAACUGUCGAACAAAAAGUAAAAAAAAAAAAAACAUUGUAUAAUUGUGUAGAUUUUGUAUUGUUAAACUGCAUUAU